CCGUAUACUAUUCAUACUUUUCAGCAUACAGUGCAAUGGCGAAAGAUCUUCUCGACUUUUCCCAAUCAUCAAAUUAUUUCGUCGAGUGUACUCUGGAACACUGACAUUGCCCUUUUCUAUUUGCGAACGGUUGUGUGCGCAAGGGCUCUUCUUGUUGUACAGAUAUACUCCUUUAAUAAUGUCCUCUCGAACAUCGUCUUCGAGACGACUCGUCCUUGACCUACUACAACCCGUUCGACCACGGCCAACGUGCGAAUGCAUACACUCCCGAUACCUGAAUCGCAAAUUCCCGCGACAAGCUCGCCAUGUCUCUUCCGCAGCUCCUAAAUUGGCCGAGAUGGAGAUGGACUCGGAAACGUCGCCGCGCUGGGCUGUAACACCUGAAGGAAUGAAAGCUCCUGUCCGAACAAGACCGGUUCGACAGACAUUGAAAAUCAAUACGGAUCAGCGAAAGCUCGACGAUGUAUAUGUCAAAUUCUUGGGCAGAGGAGGAGAUAAACUGCUGUCGGAGGAGACAAAAUGGCUUGCGAUCACGAGCAAGAGCUUCGACCACGGUCGCAGAGGUUUCAACGACCGCCUAGCAUUUUUUGGCAAGCGAAUAGUCGAAUUACAAUGCUGCCUAGGACUACUCAGUGUCUCAGACUCCGAGACGUUCCUGAAAGGCAAAGACCACGAUCCUCACGGCCGUGUCCCUUUCCGACAUCCUGCGAUUGAGUCGGUGGAGUGUUUAUUAGGAGGAGCACAUGAAUGGUUCACAAACCACAAACAGCUUUCAAAUCUAGCUACACAGUACGGACUACCCGAGGUCGUGCGGUGGCAUCCUAAAGAUCCUGAACGACUUGAUGCUUCUGGCGCGGACCUCGUCUACUCACAAUCUGUACUGGCAAUCAUCGGCGCGCUUGCUCUGGAACAAGGUGGCGCUGUCGCAAAUCGCGUAGCAAAGGAAAGAGUGCUGUCCCCGCUGGGAAUGAAGAGAGAUUGGAUACAGAAGAUCACAACACCAGAUCCCGCCGCAGCGUCAUGAGCAGAGAAAGGAUGGAUUACCCUUUUCGUGUACAACAGAUUUCGAGCCAUAUUAUUGUACAGAAUAAGAGAUGUUUGGGUCCUCUGACACCGCCUGAGCAACUAAAUGAAUACUCAGCCAGCUCUUAUGGCACCGUCAUAAUCGGUCUUCGCGUCGCUAAAAUCGCAAAGUCUAACAACUGAAUGAUCAUAGGAUCCAGGCAGAAUGCCAUGAAUCCGACGAGUAAUGUCGCAUUGCACUGUCUUUUGGGCGCGUUGUGUUUUGAAAAGAAGAGGGAUCUGAGAAAUUUUGUUUUAGAGACAACUCCGCAGAAAAUGAU